UGCGCCGCUUCCGCCCCGCGCCGGAUGUGGCCGCCGGGGCUCAGAGGCUGCGGAGCGCGGCCGGGCUGCUCGCCGCCCCUCUCCGUGUCUUCCUGCCGCUCCUCCCGCCCGCCGGCCGCGGCUCUCAGGACUUGUUUAAAGCAUGCAGUCUUUUAUGUGGACUGAAAUGCUUGACAGCACUGGCACAGUCACGGGAGAAACAUUGGUGAUGUAUCUUAAAAUGUGGUGAUGGUGUCUUAAAAGAAGAGCUUACAUCUACAGAGUUCCGAAACUGCAAGCCAGAACUAGCUAUGUAACAUGACACUGAUAUUCUGGACAGUUUAUCGUAGGAGCCGCUGUGAAGCUGUUUUUUUGAAGUAAUGCCAAUAGAAAGUGGAAGCUGUGCAUCUGCUCGCCAAGCAAAGCAGAAACGUAAAUCGCAUAGCCUUUCAAUCCGAAGAACCAACAGUUCCGAGCAAGAACGGGCAGGACUGCAGAGAGACAUGUUGGAAGGGCAGGAUUCUAAACUACCAUCUUCUAUUCGGAAUACACUCCUUGAACUUUUUGGACAAAUAGAGCGAGAGUUUGAAAAUCUGUAUAUUGAAAAUUUGGAAUUACGUAGAGAGAUUGAUACGCUGAAUGAGCGUUUAGCAGGUGAAGGACAGACAAUUGAUGGAGCUGAACUGAGCAAAGGACAACUGAAAACAAAAGCCAGUCAUAGUACCAGUCAGCUUUCUCAGAAAUUAAAGACAACUUACAAGGCAUCAACUAGCAAGAUUGUUUCCAGUUUUAAAACUACAACAUCAAGGGCAAUCUGUCAACUGGUAAAAGAAUACGUUGGCCACAGGGAUGGUAUUUGGGAUGUCAGUGUCGCGAAAACUCAACCAGUGGUGUUGGGAACUGCGUCUGCUGAUCACACUGCUUUGCUGUGGAGCAUAGAAACAGGGAAGUGCCUUGUAAAGUAUGUAGGGCAUGUUGGAUCAGUAAAUUCCAUAAAGUUUCAUCCAACUGAACAAGUGGCUCUUACAGCAUCUGGGGACCAGACAGCUCACAUCUGGAGGUACAUGGUACAGUUGCCUACACCUCAGCCAACUGCAGACUGCAAUCAAACGUCUGGAGAAGAUGAAGUUGAGAUCUCGGAUAAAGAUGAACCUGAUGUAGAUGGAGAUGGUUCCAGUGACUGUCCCCCUAUCAGAGCUCCAUUAACUUCACUCAAAAGCCAUCAAGGAGUGGUCAUAGCAGCUGACUGGCUUGUUGGGGGGAAGCAAGCUGUGACGGCAUCAUGGGAUAGGACUGCCAAUCUGUAUGAUGUAGAGACUUCCGAACUUGUCCAUUCUCUUACAGGGCAUGACCAAGAACUAACACAUUGUUGUACACAUCCCACUCAACGCCUUGUGGUGACAUCAUCACGCGAUACAACCUUUCGUCUGUGGGAUUUCAGAGAUCCUUCUAUCCAUUCUGUGAAUGUCUUUCAGGGCCACACAGACACUGUGACAUCUGCAGUUUUCACUGUGGGAGACAAUGUUGUUUCUGGUAGUGAUGACCGUACUGUAAAAGUUUGGGAUUUGAAAAACAUGAGGUCUCCUAUUGCAACCAUCCGUACAGAUUCUGCAGUUAACAGGAUUAACGUAUGUGUUGGCCAAAGAAUCAUCGCCCUUCCACAUGACAACCGACAGGUUAGAUUAUUUGACAUGUCAGGAGUGCGAUUGGCACGUCUCCCUCGCAGUAAUAGACAGGGCCACAGAAGAAUGGUUUGCUGCUCAGCAUGGUGUGAGGACCAUCCAAUAUGUAACCUCUUCACCUGUGGAUUUGAUCGUCAGGCUAUUGGCUGGAACAUCAACAUCCCUGCAUUGUUACAAGAAAAAUAAAUGCUGGAAGAAUUUUUGCAUUUUAUGUUGCCAUGGACUUCUACACUUUUGCAGACUUUUCUGAAUACUGGUCUGCUAUUGCUGUAAAAGCUCUUCCUUACGUGGAGACUUUAGGAAAUGUUGUUCUUGUUACCACAUUGUGCACAGUUUGCAUGAAUUAUACAGAAAAUGUGAUUUUUUUUUUUUAAUUUAGUUUGUCUUGUGUAUGAACUUUUAUAUUUUGGCAUCCACUGGUCAAUAUGUUCACUUGUUGCAUAGAACACAUAAAUGUUCAUAAGUUAUUUAGCAUUUAAUAGAUACACAGUAGGGCAUUAUGUUCGUGACAUAAAUGUGAAAUGUAUGUAAUUAAUGUAGAGAGUGUAUAGCAGUCUGUUACGUUUUUUUCAUGACUCUACAUAUCUGCCUUGUGUUAAAAAGAAUCUGCAGGGCUGAAACUUUGAAAUGAAGUGUGAAUUUCAGUAAUUGUAUGAUUGUAAACAUUUUGCUGUUUGCGUCUGAUUUGGAAUACUUUUUUUUAGUGCUGCAGGAUAGUGCAACUUCAAUUCCAUUUUUAUUCCAUUUACUGGAGAAAUAGUAGAUUUGGAAAAAAAAAAAAAGCGAGCAACUUGUAGUGAGUAUAGACUGCCAGGUUUAUCCGGAAUGCUUUUUGUACUUUUGGAAAAGAAAAAUAUUCAUUCUGCCCUUCUUAUAUAAAAUUAUUAUAAAAUCUCAUGGCAUUUCAUACUAGCAGAAGUCCAGAAUAUUAUGAUUCUCGUCACUGAAAUCUAGUCAGGCAAAUUUUGAAGCACUUUAGUUUAUAGCUGUUGUUAUAAACCAUUUCUGAAAGUUUGACUUUACCAGUGAAUGUGAGCUGACCUUUGGAAGAAGGAUUGCUUCUUUUAGGUGAUCUGCCCAGAAAGGAAAUAGGGUUUUGAGGGGUUUUUGGUGUUUGUUUUUUUUUAAUAUAUAUAUAUAGAUACAGUGAGCAUACUUUUAAUUGUGUUCACUUCCCAUAUUUUUAUUUUGAGCCAGCAAUACAAAGUAUAUGAGUACUACCUCAAAAAUGAAUGUUGGUCAAAAUGCAUUGAAUCUCUGUAGCCUUGAAAAGAGCACUUUUGGUCUCUGGCUGAAGUACUAUCCCUAACAUGAGAGGUAAGACAAUCAUAUUAAAUGUGAUCCUUAAGGUAAUUGACACUUAAAGCUAAUGGAGUAAUAUGAUAAGGAAACAUAAUCUGUCACCUUUCUCUUCUCAGCCAUGACAAGGGCUGCUUCAGUCCCUGUGCUGUUGCAAGAGGGGGUAAUACAGGUCUCCCUCCUUUCUCCCAAAUGAUCUUUGGUUUUGCUCCUCACUGUGCUCAGCCCUUUUUGCAAAGGCGGUGGGGUGUUCUACUACAGCUGCUGCUGAGAGAAGUAAAUGCAGGUGGCAGCUGACACCUUCAGAAGAACAAAAAGGCUGCUUCAGACAGACACUUCUUUUUAGCUAACGGGAGAUACUGCCCCUACGUGUCGACAUAUCACAGUGUAAGAUGAAGGGUGAUGGUAAGCCAAGAGUGCGAUCUUACAGUGGGAGUCAUGGAGUUUAUGGUAGGUUGGCGUAAGACAAGUAUUAGGAACGUUUUAUCUCAUGAUUAUGGGAGGCUGUAACUGUGCUUAUGUCCUCCACAGCAGUGUUUAAUAAUGACAUUAAGGCGGAUGUGUUAACUGCUUCUCCAGUUAACUAACAUAACAUGGCAUUGGAGUGCAGUGUGAGGGAUGGUGAAUGCGUCAUUGAGCAAUUACAGGGAAAAUGGGGUCCUAGAAUGGUUUUGGAGUGUAAUGUUGACGGGAACUCAAGGUAGUUAAUGGAGGAUGUAUGCAGUAUCUUUAUCAUACCGGUCACUGUAGCAGCUUGAUACCUUGGAUAUUUCUGGUUCUUCUUUAUUUUUUUUAGAUAUGAGAUAUAUACAGAAUAGUACUGGAGUAAUCUUAAAAUACCAAAACCAGUAAGGCUGGAGAAAGCAGCUGCAGAGUUUUCAGUCUUCUCAGUCUUCUAAUAACAAGGGUUAAGGAUGAUAUCAACAUUUAUUUUGACUUUUUUUUCCCUGCAUUUUUGGCUCUUGGGUAAAGCCAUUUGAUGAGUUGCAGGUUUCAGUCAUGAAGACAAAAAGACUCACUUUGUCUUUUAGUUGUCAAUGGAGAGAACUUGACACCGGUUGAUGCUGCUUGAAAAAAUGAGAAAAAUGUCUCUCCAGCCAGUAGAAACAGUUUCUCCAUUAUGGCCUGCACGUAGUAUCUUGAGCAAUGACUUUUAUUACCCGAGGUGGGGGAGAGGGUUGCUGGUUUGGGUCCUGCUAAACUAAGUCUAAGCUUCUCUUGUACAUAUGUAGUACAGGACCACCAGAGUCUAUGCAGUUUAAUCAUCAUUGCUGCAAACUUCUAAUAUCACCAGAGGGAGCAUCCUCUGGCACCAGGAAUGAGGUGAUUACACGCUCUCACUUUGAAGAAACCCAAACAAGGUGCUAGAGCCAUGUUCUUACGAGCAGGCUAACACUUAAUCAGCUAAGCACUUAACUAUCACUUAGCUUAGUUUUAUAUGCUGUACCGAAGGUUAAGCUGAGGCUGCCAUUUCCCUUGAAGCAAAUCACACAUGAGCAGUGGUAGUGAAUAAUACUGCAUUGACUAAAUACACGGAAAACAUUUCAUGGCUUUGAAUGUUGUAAAGAGUGUUUUUCAGCACUGAACCAUGUCCAGCAUUUCAUAAAAUGGAGGAGAGUUGCGGUUACAGUUUCAGUAUUGUGCAGAAUUUCACAGAAAACUCAUCACUGGGCAAAAUCAAGCUUUUAUGUCUUUCAAGCAAUGCACAUCAGUUUUCACGAAGUUUAUGUAUACUUUACAAUCAGAAAGAUCUGGAAUGAACCAUCUUUGUUGCCUAAAUCUGUGAAAACCACCUUUUUGGAAAAAGAAUUUAUAAGUUAUGUGGAACCACUUUUUAUUAUUCUGCUAAUUUGGUUUCAUAUGUAAAAUGUUUUUCUUUGUUAUGUUUAAAAAUGCAUUAAAACAUUCAACAAUUUUU